AUGGAUCAAAAAACUGCUUCACCGAAUAAAGAUGCGGUCCCUCAAACGGACGCUUACAUGGGUCUCUGCAACUCGCUCACGUACCGGUUUGAAGGAUGGAGGCAUCUCGUAGAAAAUCUGAUUUCGUUCUUUAAACAACUUGAAUCUUUGUCGAAAUCCACAUCAAAGGAAUACUUGAAGUUGAGUAAAAUAAUUACGCAUCCUUCCAAAGAUGUGAACAUAUUUGAUGAACACGGAGUGCAGGAUGUGUUUGCAGCCUUGCGAGACCAAACAGCAGCUAUUUCCACCGAUAACGAGCAAUUAUCGAUUCAGCUUCCUGGAGCCAUUAUCAAAGUUUUAGAGUUGCUUCGUGACGAUUUGAAAGAGCAUUGUAAAAAAAUCAAUGCUGAUGGUACCAAGGGUGUAAAGGGCGUAGAAAAGCAACGUUCAGAAUCGCAGAAGCUUCUAGUGCAAUUAGACCGUGCUUUGUUGCCGUGGGGUGGUGAUAAUCCUGCUGCUGUAAAUGUAAAAAACGAUCCUUUUAUCGUUGAUCGCCUUGUCCUCAACUCCUUAGCUCGCCAAGUUGCCGAAGAAAACAAUCAUGUUCACUCAGUGGCCCAAAUCCAAGAACUUUCCUUUCGAUUUGAGCAAAAUACCAUUUCGAAAAUCAAGGAUAUUAUACGCCAGUUCGAAAUACUCAUGAACCAAACCUUUACCAAAUCCAUUAAUCAUGUGCGCGAAAUUCUGCAAGUCUCUGAAGCUCAGACUUUAACUGGUGAAUGGUCUUCAUAUGCCAAGCGAGAACCAGAUUUUAUUAAGGGCUCUGUGACACCUCGAAUAUAUUCCGAAUUGCCGUAUCCCGGUAAAAACAAAUCACCAACUGUUCCCAUUGUUGCUGGUUAUCUAAUUCGAAAAACUACAAUCAUGAAGAAAAAACAGAGGGGGUUUUAUGCUUUCACUCGUUCGGGUUAUCUUUACGAAUUCAAGUCCUCAGACCCUCAAGUCGAUCCUGAACCCGAAUUUGCUUUAUAUAUACCCGAUUCCUUAAUUGGCCGUCCCUCAGACAAAAAAGCAAAAUUCAAAAUCACUGGAAAGGAUGCGACAAACAAGGUGUUUGGAUCUCGUUCAGACUACUCUUUCCGCGCUAGUAGUCAAGUUGAAUUAAUGAAGUGGUGGGAAGCUUUAAAUACCUAUAUAUCCGGAUACCAUCAACCCGCCUUUACACAAGAAAAUACGCACCCACCUGUCGAGGCUGUCUCUGAGAGUGAUGAUGAUGAUGAUGAUGAAUUUCAACCUGCACCUGAGGCUCGCAAAAACACCGUCCGUAACACGCCAACUGCUGCUUCGCGGAUCAGUCCUCAAGAAACUCGACCACAAACUCAUUCUUCAGUUCCUUCAUACGAUAAUAGUCAAGCACCUCCUGCCAAUGAUUUUGUUUUUCAGUCUGAUUUGAAUGGACAUAAUGCUUGGAACUUGUAG